CUAUCCUACAGUUGCACCUUGUGGGUGCUCCUCGAGUUCAGAUAACCAACAACGACUUGCUGCAAGUAAUCUUUAAUCGUAAAAUCAAGAUGAAGUGGCCACUCCUCAGCACGAUCGUGCUCUUCGGAUGCAGCAAUGCCCUCCUCCGUUUCCCGUGCGCCCAGCUGGUCGUGGACCGUCUCGACCCACUGGUGACCCCCGGACAGGUGCCAUCACCGCAUCUACAUCAGAUUGUUGGAGGAAACUCCUUCAACGCCUCCAUGGACCCAGCAAAGGACAUGCCCGGGGAGUCCACUUGCACGACUUGCCAAUUUAGCGAGGAUUUCUCCAACUACUGGACAGCAGUGCUCUACUUUAAGGCUCGCAAUGGCACAUACAAGCGCGUGCCUCAGAUUCCCAACUCGGGAUUUAACGGCGUCAAUGCCGGCAUGACCAUCUAUUACAUGCAGGAUGGCUUAUAUGACUUCCAACAGACCUCCAAGGUCACUGCUUUCAAGCCUGGUUUCCGCAUGUUUAUCGGCGACGUCAAUGCCCGCACCCCCGAGGAGGUAGCCCGCUUUCGCCAGCUUACCUACACCUGUCUGCAGAGCAUCGACACGCGUGACCCCCAGAUAACCGACUUCCCCAACCAGCCUUGUCCGGCCGGUAUCAUGACCGCGCUUCGAUUCCCAACCUGCUGGGACGGCAAGAACCUUGACUCCCCCGACCACAUGCAGCAUAUGGCCUACCCCGAAUCGGGCACCUUCGAGACCAAGGGUCCCUGUCCGGCCACUCACCCCGUACGCAUGGGUCAGCUCUUCUACGAGGUCGUCUGGGACACGCGCCAGUUCAACAACAAGGCCGACUGGCCUGCUGACGGAUCGCAACCUUUUGUCUGGAGCUUCGGUGAUACUACCGGAUACGGCAACCAUGCCGACUACGUCUUCGGAUGGAAGGACGACGCUUUGCAGCGCGCUUUGGACUCGCCUUGCUACAUCAACUGUGCAACGCUCAAGACGCAGGACACGGCGGCCAUGAACAAGUGCAGCAAGUCCAAGACGGUCAGUGAGCCUAUUGACGGAUGGCUUACGACACUUCCCGGAGGUAUGACCGCUGAGUCUUGAGUUGGCUAGAGAUAUUGGUCCAGCAGGCUCUUUAUAAGAGGCUGUUGGCUGUCUGUAUUCAUGACUGGCGUGUCUUAUUACUGAAUGGAAUGACUCGAAGCUUUGAGAUGCAAGGAACGUUCUGAAGGAACUCAUUAUAGGCUGCCCUUUUAAUCCUGAAAUCCUGCCAGUACUAUAGAUAUAUCCAGCUCCAUACCUGU